GUUAAUCAACUCGUGUGUGACGUUUUUUCGCCUUCCUGGGCCAUCUGAAGUGUCUUGUUACGAAAUUAGUUUUGGCCGGAAACCCGCCGCCAAAAGUAAUUUCGUGAAAAGAUGCCUCAGAUGGCCGAGGAAGGCGAAAACACACCACACGAGUCGAUUAACGUUUCAUUUAACUUUGUUGGGAUAUUGAGACCGAGAUGUAAUUUAGAUAUGCAAUCUUCAGAGCUUUAUCCAUUACCCUCAUAGAUUCUGUUCAUUUCAUAUAAACAAUUAUUAACCACGAGCAUAUAGAGUGGUCUGGCUGUGUUUGUAUGUAUGUAUGUAAGUGAGAUACUAAUAUAUUUUUUGCGGUAGAUCUUUUGGAAUUAUAGAUACUGUUUCAUGUUUCAUCAACUGUGUUUCAGUUUUUCUUGACGGCUUGUUCGUUUGAUUAAUUACCGUACCCAAAUUUGGAAUAAGCCAAUCAGAAGCCGUUUCUACUGCCCUGGUAUCUCGCGAUAUCAUGGUCAACUGGGCCGAAAUUCUUUAUUGUACCGUUUUUGGUACGAUUCGGGGGCAUAUCACAGAUAUCAGACUCAUUUGGUCUCGUAGUGGGUAUUUUGGAUCGACCGUGUUUCGCCAUGGCUCGACCAAACUCGCCUGAUAAUACCUCCGAAGCGUAUCAAAAGGAAGCUCAUUGAAAGCUUCCUAUAUGGUCUUUUGUUUGGUUUAUGAUCUUCAAACAACUUUUGUGAGUUCCUUAUUAUCUUCACUCUCCCUUCUUUUCUGUCUUUUCUUGCUUUGUACGCCUGGCCUGUGUUUGGAGCAACCCGAUAUCACUGUAUCUUCCUAUAAAUUGACGAAAGCCGAUAUGAGAAAGGAAAAUUCAGUAGUUUGUUGUCAUAUUUUAUAUUAUUGAGCCAAGGGAAAUUUCCUGUCUCCCCUUUUAGCUGGCCCGCGUUUCUCCCGCCGCCAGGCUCUCUCUCUCUCUCUCUCUCUCUCUCGAUAAGGAGAGGGAGCCUGGUAUCGAUGUGUGAGCGAGUGUGAACUUUUUGUGGCGACAAUUUCGAAGACGAGUUCUAGUCGACGAAUGCGUCACCUUUGAACAACGAGAAUCGAAUCUAGAGAAUAGGGCUCGAAUUGCUAUGGAUAAAAACGUUGACGAUGUCUCCCCCACUUCUUCGGCUUCACGAGAAGACAACGAAGCAGGUAAUUUCUUUGCAGAUUCGCGUCGAAGUCGAAUAGGAACAUCGGAUAUACAGGAAGGCUUGCAAACUUCAGCCUCCCCUGAAGAUAUGAAAUUUUCGCUGGAUGAACUGGAGCGAGAGGUGAUUGAGGCAUGCGCCAUAGUGGAGAGAGUUCUUAAAGAGAGAGAGGAACGAACUAAAAGGCAAAGGGAAGAGGUGCAAAGACACAGAGAGAGAAGAGAACAGAGACAAAGGGAAGAGAGAGAAAUGAGAGAAAGAGAAGAAAGGGAAAUGAGGGAAAGAGUAGACAGGGAAGCAAGAGAAAGAGAAGAUAUGGCCAAGGCAGAAUUGGCACCAUUUCAAGAAAGCCCACUAUGGCAAUGUGAGCAUUUUCAGCGGCGUUGUAGUGUGAGGUUUCCAUGUUGUAGAGUGUUUUACCCGUGCCACCGCUGUCACAAUGGGUCAGGGGUUUGUGACGCCAGGGAUAAGAGGGCAAACCAAGCAACGCAUAUUAAGUGCACUAACUGUGGACACAGGGAAGAGAUAAAUCAAGGAAGUCAGAUCUGUAGCAGCUGCGGUACCAGAAUGUCCGAGUACUUCUGUUUUAAAUGCAAACAUUUUACAGGGGUAGACAAAAACCCGUUUCACUGCGACAAGUGUGGAAUAUGCCGAAUCGACAGAGACAGAUCAUUUCACUGUGAUGUUUGCAAUGUCUGCCUGGACAAAAGACUGGAAGGAAAACACAAAUGCCGAGCAGUUUCACAACAGGACAAGCACCAGAUUUGUUUGCAGUUACAGGAGAACCAAGGGCACGAAGGGGAUGCGUUAGAAGGUCAACGUGCACUUCAAUUUAACAGGAUUGAAGACGCAGUGCCUGGAGAUGGCCAUGGGGUGGAGAGUGAUAACGAAAGCAACCCCGAGUCUGAAUCAGAGUGUAACGUAGACCCCUUGUCUGCAAAUAGUGACAAUGUUGUGCUGAGGUUAAUAACCACAGCUGCUCCAGAAUCCCAGAAGCAGAUAGACCGUUUGGAGAACGCUUUACGGGAACUUAAAAAAGAGAAUCAGACUCUCCAGGAUUUGUUAGAAAAAACAAACAACAGAGGUGACAGGGCUAACUUGCCCGGUGUGGAUGCUGUUUGUGAUGAUUCAACCACUCGCCUGUCUGUGCCUGCAAUCAGACACUUCAAUGCCGGAGUGGCGGCAAAUGUCCCACCGGAGCCCUCACUGGUUGACAUAGUACAGGGAAUUCAUCCCGGAUUCUUAACAAGGCACUCUCAAGACCGGGACCUUUGUGAAAUUCCUCAAGCCAAUGUGGAGUCUCAUAACAGUUCAUUACCAGAAGCCGGACCUUAUAUGGUUUCAUCUUCGGAAGACCCAGUCUCCCGACGGUGCAUUAGAAACCCAUGCUUGAUACCGUCUCAGAACGAUUGUGUCUGCUGCGAGAACGAUGGAAGCCAGACUGGCAGUGUUGAUAGUACCAUUAUGCCUGAGAGAUGCCGACCAUAUUCAGUUCACAACAUGUGUUGUAAAUGCUUGGAGGUUGUGGUCAGCGGUUUCAACAUCUUGCCAUGCUCACACCCUGUUCAUAGGGAGUGCCUUAUCGGCAUGAUUCAAAAUGGCGAAUUGAACUGCCCGAUUUGUGGUCGUGCUUUCCUUUGGAGGGGCUAAGAUACCAAGUGAUACUCAGAGUAUUCAUCUAAGGGGAAAUAUUUUUGUCACAUAAAUAUUCUUACAUGGUCGACGAAGUUAAGGCGUUUUGUUAUACCUCCCAGCUCAAAUACGUUUUCCGAUUGGAGGAGAACGUGUCACGUGUCGUGGGUCAAAA